AUGCAGACCCUGCUGCUGGCCUUUGGCUUCGGCCUCCUCGUGGUCCUGCAGGCCCAGGACCCCCUGGACGUGGGGACGGAGAACCAGGCCCCCUCAGGGACCUUGUACCUGAAGGCCAUGGCCUUAGACAAGGAGAUUUCAGAGCUGAAGCCGGAUUCUGUGGGCCCCGUGACCAUCGUAGCCCAGGACGGGGGCAGCCUGGAGGUCACCCUCAGCUCUGUGACAAAGGGUCAAUGCUAUAGGCUGAGCACCGUCCUGGAGAAGACCGAGCAGCCGGGCGUUUACUUGGCCUUCGAGGGCAGGACCACAGUGCAGGUCACUCAGAUGAAGGAGAAGGACCACUGGGUGUUCCAGUGCCAGGGCGAGAUCCACGGGCAGCGGUUCAAGCACGCCAAGCUGAUCGGCAAAGACCCUGAGAACAACCCGGCAGCUUUGGCGGAGUUCGAGCAGCUGGUAAAAGAAAGGGGACUGAACUCGGAGACCAUCUUAGUCCUUACACAAGGAGGUGCCCGGCCCGUGCCACGCCCCCUGCAGAACCCCCCACUGACCCUCCCCUCCUCCUAG